AUGCUGUCCUCCAGACUCAGCAGCACACUGUUGCUCGCAGCAACAUGUGUACUCAUGACUUCAGGCUUUGCUAGAGCUGGUCCUUUAGCCCACUUCCCAGUGUCAACAGAGAGGGUGAUCACCUGUGACAGCCUUGACAAUGUACAACGCCUGAGCUGUGAGAAUGCAGUGAUCAUUGUGCAGUCAGUUCUGUACGGAAGGACAGAUGCAGAAACCUGCAGUGAGGGGAGACCUGCCGAACAGCUUAAAAAUACACAAUGUUCCCAGGAUGGCUCCCUGAAGGUCGUCAAGAGCAGAUGUGAUGGUCAGAAGGUGUGUGAAAUAAAUACAAACCUCUUCCGUACUUCUGAUCCGUGCUACGGCAUUUACAAAUACGUGGACACCACCUACGCCUGCUUCCCAGCCAUCCACAGUGUGACAUGUGAGGAUUCUCUGGCAAACCUUCAGUGCGAUGAAGGACAGGUUUUACUUAUUCACGGAGCUGAUUACGGACGUCAUGAUGCAACUACAUGCUCUUUCAAUCGUCCAGCCUCUCAGCUCCAAAAUGUCCAAUGCUCAAAGCAAAUAACCAAAGUAGCCGAGAGCUGUAACGGGAAAAGCAGCUGUACUGUCAAAGUGAGCGGCUCUGUGUUUGGAGACCCAUGUUAUGGCACCUACAAGUACCUGGAGGUGGUUUACAGCUGUCACUGCCUGACCGGAGGGCAAGAGGUGGUUGCCAUGGCAAUGGGAGUGUUGCUUGCAAAACGGUCAUCUCUAUAUAAGAAGAUGUGCAGAGGCAGAAACACCAGCCGAUAUCAGACCUAA